AAAGUGAACAAGAUGGCAGUAUGUUGAGAAAGAAGAAAGACGCAGGGUUUUGAUAGAGAGGCGUUUUUGAUCACGAUUCCCUUUCGAUCUGUCGUUUGCUUCAUGAUCUGAUAAAACAAUGCUUUAAACAAUGGAAAAAUCUUCGUCGAGUGUGAAGCUACCUAACAUAGAAAAGAAAAGCUCCGGAGGAGACGACCAGCCACGGGAAAAAUUCCAUGCGACAAACUGGAAAUCUCUUAGCAAAAAAGAAAUUCAGAAGCUGCCUCCACAACAGCGGAGCAAAUACCUUGCUUACGAGCCUGCUCCAAAAGAAUGCAAUGAAGCAAUGUCUGCAGCAAGAAAGAGACUAAAAGAGAUGGAUAAGUCAAAACGAAAGCAACAGAAGCCCCCUCCUUAUGAAGAAGUUGUUGAGGGUGAAAGGCAUACAAAGAUUAUUGGACAACUAAAAGCUGCAGAAGCAAGGAACCGAAUAAGGCUGAUGAGGCUCAGAUACCAAAAUAACAGAAGUUCAGAAGUGAACCAUUUAAUUGGCUGUCAACCAACAGCACUUAAAGCUGUUCGCCUACAAAGCCUUGUGCCUCCCAGCCCUGACAAGAUAUACAUCAGAGACUUGUUGGUGAAAAACGAGAGAUACCGAGUAAAUUCGUUGUUAGAGGAUGAAACGGGGUUGGAAACCGCACGCCUUCUCACGUGACCCAAAGUUAAAUCAUCCCCUGAUUGGUGGACGAUGAAGCUGCACAGCUUUCCCGUUCGGGUCCAGUCCUUCUCAGUGAGCUUCAUGAUGUUUAUCUUUCAAAAAAAGAAACUUGGAACCAGAAUUCUUUUUAGUGCAGUUCUUUAUUUCUUCCUUCUCAUCACAAAUUCCGGUCCUGAGACAAAAACAAACACAUUAUGCACUCCGCUUUUUACAAACAAAUCUUUCUAACGCGCCGAUUUAUAAACUUUAAAUAAUUCUUCAUUGUAUUUUGUUUAAUUUUCUGAUGUACAAAACCAACAUGGCUGUGAGCCCUUGUGAAUAAAUAUAUGGAUGAUAUGAGCUUAAAGAA